AACGCAACCAACCCUUCACGGCUCUCUCUCGGCUCUAUAUAAGUUGUAAUCCUCUUCAAUUCACCCCUCCUCACUACUCUCAACAAAUAUAUAUAAUUGCAUGCAUACCAUUGGUGUUAAUUAAUUAUUAAUAUGGGAUAUAAUAAAUUCAAUAUUAAUAAUGUCACGAAACAUCUCCAUCUUAUUAUGCUCUUCUUCAUCCUCUAUUCGACCAUCCAUUUGCAAACCUCGUCCUCACAAAACCCGCCUUCGCUAGCGUGCGAUCCGAGCAAUGGCGCCACCAAGGCGUUGCCCUUUUGUCAGACCAGCCUUCAGAUACAAGCCAGGGUGAAGGACUUGAUCGGGCGGCUGACGCUGCAGGAGAAGAUCAGGCUCCUGGUGAACAACGCUGCCCCGGUGGAGCGGCUGGGCAUCAGGCGCUACGAGUGGUGGAGCGAGGCCCUACACGGGGUGUCGAAUGUGGGCCCCGGGACCACCUUCGGGGGAAAGUUCCCGGGGGCCACAAGCUUCCCGCAGGUCAUCACCACCGCCGCCGCCUUCAACUCCUCUUUGUGGGAAGCCAUUGGACGAGCGGUGUCGGACGAAGCAAGAGCAAUGUACAACGGAGGGGCGGCAGGGCUAACAUUUUGGAGUCCAAACGUGAACAUAUUGAGAGACCCGAGGUGGGGGAGGAGCCAAGAAACACCCGGCGAGGACCCUAGAUUGGUAGCCCAAUACGCCGUGAGCUACGUCAAGGGCCUCCAAGGCGCUGGCAACACCAAUCACCUGAAAUUGGCCGCUUGUUGCAAGCACUAUACCGCUUAUGACCUUGAUGAUUGGAAAGGAUUUGAUCGCUACCACUUUGAUGCCAAAGUAAGUGCCCAAGACUUGGAGGACACCUAUAAUGUGCCCUUCAAAGCAUGUGUAGUGGAAGGGAAGGUGGCGAGUGUGAUGUGCUCCUACAAUAAAGUUAAUGGCAAACCCACUUGUGCUGACCCUAAUCUCCUGCGUGGUACCAUUCGUGGUCAAUGGCGCCUCAAUGGAUACAUAGUUUCCGAUUGCGAUUCUGUUGGCGUGAUGUUUGACCAACAACACUUCACAACCAAACCUGAAGAUACAGUUGCUGCUACUAUCAAAGCCGGCUUGGAUUUGGACUGUGGGCCUUUCUUAGCAGUCCACACAGAGGAAGCCAUUCGGGGCGGAAAACUCAGCGAAGCUGACGUUAACAAUGCCUUAUCUAACACAAUAACGGUCCAGAUGAGAUUGGGCCUAUUUGACGGAGCUAAACAGCCCUACAGUUACUUGGGCCCAAAGGAUGUGUGUAGUUCGGCCCAUCAACAAUUGGCCUUGCAAGCCGCCCAAGAAGGCAUAGUUCUGCUUAAGAACACUCGACGGUCCUUGCCAUUAUCUCCCCAGCGUCAUCGAACCAUUGCAGUAAUUGGGCCGAAUGCGGAUGCCACUGUUACUAUGAUUGGCAAUUAUGCUGGUGUUCCAUGCGGGUACACAACGCCGGUGCAAGGAAUAACAAGAUACUCCAAAGUGGUUCACCAGCCGGGCUGCGUGGGCGGCGUCGCGUGCACCAGCAAUCAAAACUUUGAACUUGCGGAGAUCGCCGCGCGCCACUCAGAUGCCACUGUCAUCGUGGCGGGGCUGGACCAGUCCGUCGAGAGAGAAGCCAAAGAUCGCGAGAGCCUCCUUUUGCCGGGACUCCAACAAGAGCUCGUGUCCAGAGUCGCCAAGGCCUCUAGAGGACCAACCGUGUUAGUGCUGAUGUCCGGCGGCCCUGUCGAUGUCUCUUUUGCUCGCGACGAUCAUAGGGUUUCUGCCAUUUUGUGGGCUGGCUAUCCCGGCCAAGCUGGCGGCGCUGCCAUUGCUGAUAUCUUGUUUGGAGCCGUUAAUCCUGGUUUGUCUCUACAACAACAACAACAACAACAACAACAACAACAACAACAACAACAACAACAACAACAACAAUAAUAAUAAUAAUACUCCCUUUUCUAUUGAUGAAAUUUUCUUCUCCCUCAAAUUAAUUGAGGACGCCAUUAUUAUAAAGGAAGAAAAUCAACUAAAAGCCCCUCCAUUUCUUGUGCAUAAAUCAAAUUAGGGUUAGUGAGUAUUGAAUUCCUGAGCUUUACACUAUGUUUGGUUUAAGAACAUUUGGAUGAAAAAAAGGAAAAUGGUUCUCACAUUUUCCUCACCGAGAUGAGAGGAACCUGGUUUUCCUCCUCUAAGUACAUCUUGUGCUUAAAUCAAAUUAGGGCUAGUGAGUAUUGAACUCAUGACCUUUUUAGGUCAAUAAGGUAUUUUCAUGGGU